UAUGCAGGGAGUUUCAAACUGUGAAAAUGUCUCGUACUUUCCAGCUGUGCGGUCGUCUGUUUUUCGCUUCCCUGGUGGCAGUAAUCACCGGCCAAGAUGGCCCGUCCUUAUUGUAUCCUUUUCGUCCAGAUGCAGAAUGCCAGGAAGUGGGACCUUAUUUGCCGUCGCACUGCUACAAUCACGGCCAACCUUACGAAGUGCAUCCACGCAUAGCUGAACAACAAGAUUACGCCGAUGUAAAUCUGGAACACAUUUAUGCGAAGACGCCAUCGCCUACCGGAUUGGAUCUUCUUUCAAAUACCCCGAGAAUCUUCUUGAAACCAGGCCAUUGGGGUGGAUGGGGCCAUGAUUCUAAAGGAAAUCAUAACAAACCAAGUCUUAAGGGUGAACGAGGAUAUCCGGGUAGACCAGGACCACCAGGACCUCCUGGCCCUCAAGGUCCUUAUGGUCAACCGGGUAUCCAUGGACCUCCAGGACCUCCUGGGUUUCCAGGGCCUAAAGGACCACCAGGACCCACGGGCCCUUCCGGCCCACCGGGUCCAAAAGGGUACCCAGGUCCUCCAGGCUCUAAAGGUGAUAAGGGAGACAAAGGAUAUCCAGGAACUCCUGGACCAAAAGGAGAGCCAGGUGUGCCAGGAACCAAAGGAUAUCCUGGUCCUCCAGGUCCACCAGGUCCUCCGGGCCCAAAAGGAGGAUCUUGUGACUGUGGCUAUACAUCACCACCUUAAGACACUAUUGUAUUAAUAACUGAGUGAUUUUUGUUUAAUUUAAACGCUUUUAUGCUUAAUUUAUUGAAUGGGAAAUGUUUCCCAACUGUUCAACGUAGUUUUUCACCGUGGUGUUGGGUCUUGGUACGUUAUGCUGUUAACUUAUUGCUAA